AAUGUCCUUUUGCAGGUCUGACCUGUGAGAUGCAGGUCACGUGGAUGGUCUGUCACUAUGUCUUCACUCGUCCUUUUUCUAUGAAAUUGAAUGCAGUUCUCUCUCAUCACUGCAUUAUACAACCUUGUCAUAGCCUCCUUGGCUUUCUUAUUUAAGACUUUCUUAUUUCUGUAUUUUUGUGACCAGCAUCCAAAACUUAACAUGGCAAUCAAAGCAUUCAAAAUCCUAAAAGGUAUAGACAAUGUUGACCCAGGGGACUUUUUCAACCUGAAAAAAGAAACAAGGACCAGGGGUCACAAAUGGAGAUUAGGUAAAGGGGCAUUCAGAACAGAAAAUAGGAGGCACUUUUUUACACAGAGAAUUGUGAGGGUCUGGAACCAACUCCCCAGUAAUGUUGUUGAAGCUGACACCCUGGGAUCCUUCAAGAAGCUGCUUGAUGAGGUUCUGGGAUCAAUAAGCUACUAACAACCAAACGAGCAAGAUGGGCUGAAUGGGGCCUCCUCUCGUUUGUAAACUUUCUUAUGUUCUUAUGGAUUAACAUACGUCUUAACCAAAAACUAACCAGGUUUAAUUAAACAACUGUUUAAGAUGGCACCUGCUCUUAUCCCAAAAGACUCUUGAUCUGAAUCCAGCCGUAUUGGAUCUUUCUUCCGUAGUUACUGUGGUAAUUGACUGCAAUGUAAUUAAUAUAAGUUGAUAUGUAGAGGUGAUUUGUUCUAGCAGGUUUCGUUACACGGCACUUACACUGUGUACCAGCCAGCACACGCAGUCUACACUGUUUCAUACUUGCUAACAUUCUGAUAAUUAAAUAUCGUUAAACACUUUGCAUCUUUCGGGUGGCGUACACUGUUUUUGACCUUACUAAGAUGUCUGGCGUCGGGGAACUUCCUGUGAGGGCAGGAAGUAUUUCAGUACUGCACAGACGCACAACGCAGCGAGCAUGCAGAAAUGGCCGAGAACGGAAGAUGCAGUACAAAGCUGGAGUUCGCUGUUCAGAUGACGUGUGGCAGCUGCAGCAGCGCUGUGAGGAACGCCCUGCAGGGGGCGCCAGGUGUCCAGUCUGUGGAGAUUGACCUGCAGAGAGAGGAAGUGCUGGUGGACACCACGCUGACAUCACAGGAAGUGCAGGACCUGAUUGAGAAGACGGGGCGGAGGGCGGUGCUAAAGGGAGUGGGAUCGCCUGCACAGAAGGACCUGGGUGCUGCAGUGGCGAUGCUCUCUGGCUCCAACCUGGUUCAGGGGGUGGUUCGGUUCCUCCAGGUCUCCGAGGAUCGCUGCCUGAUUGAGGGCACCGUGGACGGGCUGGAACCUGGGCCCCACGGGCUCCACGUGCACGAGUUCGGUGACCUCACAGACGACUGCCUCAGCUGCGGAGGGCACUUCAACCCCUUUGGGAAACCCCAUGGCGCCCCCCAGGAGUCGGACAGGCAUGUUGGAGAUCUAGGAAACAUCCUGGCGGGACCCGAGGGCAGAGCGGUCUUCAGACUGGAGGACCAGCAGCUCAAGGUCUGGGAUGUGAUUGGUCGCUCGCUGGUGGUGGAUUCUGGGGAGGAUGACCUGGGCCGCGGAGGACACCCUCUCUCCAAAGUGACCGGGAACUCCGGGGAGAGGCUGGCCUGUGGGAUCAUCGCUCGCGCCGCUGGACUCUUCCAGAACCCCAAACAGAUCUGCAGCUGCGACGGGGUCACCCUCUGGGAGGAGAGAGACCGCCCCCUGGCCGGCCCAGGACGCAGAGCACACAAUCAGCACGCGGCACACCUCUGAAGCUGCCCUGCCCCUUUAGAACUCUGGCGGACCUGCUCUGAUCUCAAGCACUUAAACUAAAAUCAAAAAAGAGAUCAAUUAAAAUCAGGGGUCGCUCCAAUCAUGCAAGUAACUUAAUAACUCCCACUUUUUUUAAAUGAAGAAAAACACGUUUUGAAGUUCAUGGGGUUCAGUUUUUUGUAUGAGGUGUUAACAGGUUCUUGCACUGGCAAGGCAUGCAAUGCUACUAGGAGAUAAUAUUGAACUGUGAAGGACAUGGGUGGAGAUUUUAACAGCUUUUUUUAACCCCUAAAGGUAGACAAGGAAUUGAGCGCAGUUUCUUCUUAAAAUCCUUUUGAGAGUGACUCACGAGGAGGAAACUGACAAUCAUGCAAGUAACUUAAUAAAAUAUAUAUAGGGUGCCUGGGGGAGGAAUAGGGAGAAGUGAUUUGAAAAGCAGGCCUAUUAUAAAACAAACUGAAGUGAAUUACCCAUUUUGAUGUCCAUCGCUGUUCAUUGGUGUAUGUGUGUGCUAGUGUGUCAUUACAAUCUUGGCUAAGUAUAUUUUUGGGGCUACGAAUCAGGGAUCAGUUACCAAAAGUCAAGCGUCCAGACUGUGUGUGACUACCAGAACCUUUCAUUUGUUAUUCUUUCAACAGCAACGCACUGAGAUGUUGCAUUCCACCGUUUUGAUUAUUUUGUAAUAAGAAUUAAAAGCGACUGCAUUCCAAA